AGAAAACGUAAGAGUCGUUGGGGUGAUGAACAACAAAAAGUCAUCAUUCCUGGAUUGCCUACAACUAUUUCUAAAGCAAAUAGAGAUAUGUCUGACAAGUAUUUAUUACAAAUUAGACUUGAAGAGAUAAAUAGAAAGUUACGUACUAAUGAUUUUCUUCCACAUGAACGUGCAAGAUCACCCUCUCCUGAACCUAUUUAUAAUGCUGAUGGUAAACGUGUGAAUACAAGAGAAGCAAGAUACAAAAAGAAAUUAGAAGAUGAACGUCAUAAGUUGAUUGAGACUGCCAUCAGAACAAUUCCAAACUUUAGACCUCCUAUUGACUAUAAACGACCCACAAAAACACAAGAAAAAGUCUAUAUUCCCGCAAAGGAAUUCCCUGAAAUUAACUUCAUUGGUCAAUUAAUUGGCCCUCGUGGAAAUACAUUAAAGAGUAUGGAAGCUGAAUCUGGUGCUAAAAUCAGUAUUCGUGGUCGUGGCUCAGUUAAGGAGGGCAAAACAAGAACAGAUGCCGCUGCUAAUGCAGGCCAAGAAGAGGAUUUGCAUUGUUUGGUAACAGCUGAUAGUGAAGAAAAAGUGAGAAAGGCAGUCAAGUUGAUUGAAAAAGUAAUUGAAACAUCUGCUUCAGUUCCUGAAGGACAAAAUGAACUUAAAAGAAACCAAUUGCGUGAACUGGCUGCAUUGAAUGGUACACUACGUGAUGACGAGAAUCAAACUUGUUUGAAUUGCGGUGCUUCAGGACAUCGUAGAUUUGAGUGUCCUGAAAGACAAAAUAUUACAUCUAUAUUAAAUUGUCACAUUUGUGGUGGUAUGGGACAUAUUGCUCGUGAUUGUACUCAACGAAAUAAUCCUGAGUUGGUAAAUCAAGCUCGUGAACGUGAUUCACAAUUAGAUAGUGAGUAUAUGAAUUUGAUGGCAGAGUUAGGUGAAACGGUGCCUAGUAGUGAUAAACCAGGACAAACUACUGCACCAUGGCAACAAGGACGACCUGCUGGAACAGCACCACCAUGGCAACAA